GAACCGAGCAGAGGGGAGCUCAUUUUCAGAGCGCAUGAUUGUGUUAGAAGGGCUUCAGUAGACUGUCAGAGGAAAAGAUAGACAGAGCAAAGACAUUUCAACCACGCCUUUAAAAGUAAAUAAGUAAAUAAUCCUCAAAAGAGACUGUGUUAGGAUUUUACUUGAGUUUGUCAAAGGGGAUUUGGUUUUUAUGUUUAUCUCUAGGAGGAGGGACUCCGAGCAGCACUGAGGUUCCUCUGCCCUCUUCUCCCAGUGCGUAAAACAAAACUUUAACACACCAAGACGAUCAUUUGAGAGGACUGAGAGCUCAGAAAAUCUCCUCUAUACUCCCCGGGAAUUGUAAAGCUCACACCGGACGCUCACUGGAGGAGGAUAUAUAACUUUUCAACGCAUUUUGUGGAGACACACGGAGGUGGAUUUGUCUAAAGGAGAGCGGAGGGAUCCUCUUCGCUGAGCCGGGAGGAACGCGCGCAGCUCCGGGUAGCAGACUGACCCAAAGGACUGCCGCUUAGAGAAAAAGGUUAUGACGGAACUGAGCUGAACAUGGAGCUUUUUUGGAUUUUGUUAUUUUCUAGUUUCUAUCCUCAUGCCUCUGGCCAAGGAGUUUACGCUCAAGCCAACGCCCAGAUCGUGCACUCAGGCGCAGCGUGUAACGUCAAGGAUGAUAACAUCAGUGAGAGAAUCUACACCAUCAAAGAAGGAGACACACUAGUGCUUCAAUGUAUCGUUAAAGGACACCCACGACCACAGGUGCGGUGGACAAAGACUGCAGGCAGUGCAUCAGACAAGUUCCAAGAAACAUCAAUCUACAACGAGACGCUGCGCAUUGAGGGCAUCCAGAGGGUGCAGGGGGGUCGCUACUACUGCAAGGCCGACAACGGGGUGGGGGUGGCUGCCAUCAAGUCCAUCCGCGUAGAUGUGCAGUACCUUGACAUACCUGUUCUCACGGUGCACCAGACCAUCAGCGAUGUGCGGGGCAGUUACUACCAGGAGAAGACUGUGUUCCUGCGCUGCACCGUCAACUCCAACCCUCCCGCACGUUUUAUCUGGAAACGUGGGAACAUGCUCAUUGAACAGAGCAAGGACAAUGGAGUAGACAUCUAUGAACCGCUUUACACUCAGGGUGAGACCAAGGUACUCAAGCUGAAAAACCUCAGACCCAAGGACUUUGCCGAUUACACGUGCCAGGUGUCAGUACGCAAUGUGUGUAGCAUCGAAGACAAGUCAGUCACCUUCAGGCUGACAAAUGCCACAUCUCCCCCAAUAAUCCGGCUGUCAGUGAACGACACGGUGGUGGUGGACCCCGGGCAGGAUGUGCUCCUAACCUGUGAGGUGACGGCAGGUUUCCCCCUCCCCACCCUGAGGUGGUCGCCCCUUCCCCUCAGCGCACAAGUUCGAGGGCCAACGCUCAAUCUGCGGGCGGUCACACCGACCGACGCUGGUUUCUACAACUGUACGGCUUACAACAACGUGGGCAACCAGGCCCGCAAGAACGUCAAUCUGGUUGUCAGGACAAUGAGUAACCUGACCUUCCAGAUAACACCAGACUCCAACAAGGACAGCGAGACCAUCCAGAUGGGUCGGGACCUCAAGCUGUCGUGCCAUGUUGAUGCCACCCCACAGGACAAGGUCAACUACACCUGGUACAAGAACGGUGCACCUGUUUUCAACUCGGAUAGCCUGAUCUUGUUGCGCAGUGACCCAGACAUGGCACCCGGCACCAGUAGCUUGGAGAUUGUUGACAUGAAGUUCAGAGACUUGGCUACCUACAGCUGUGUGGCGAACUUCCCCGGCAGCAGGGUGCCAGAGCUGCGUGUGGAUGUCAACAUCUCUCAGAACAGUGUCUCUCCUCCAGUGUUGGCUCUUCCACCAGGAGGUCAGGUGGUGAACGUUCGGGAGGGAGGUAACAUCGACCUGGUGUGCUUGGUGGUAGAAGGCAAACCCCGUCCACCUAUACUGUGGUCACGGAUGGAAAAAGACCUGCUAAUGUCGUCAGGGGCAACCACGAUGGAGACACUUGAUGGCCGCUUGAUGCUAAGGAAUGUGAGCCGGGACAUGAUGGGGGCGUACCGCUGCCAGACUGCUCCGUACAAUGGACUUAACAUCAAACGCAGGGAGGCACAGGUCCAACUCAAUGUGCAGUAUCCUCCCAUACUGGACCCAGGCGACCCGGAUGUGCGUUCAAGGAACUAUCAGAUGGUGACCCUGAGGUGUACGGUGAUUCGCUCAUUCCCGACACGCCUUAUAGACAUCCGCUGGUUCCGUAAUGGCGAAAUAAUCCGCAUGCCCAUGCCAGACACUAAGGAGAAGCCAGAGCUGAAGUUUAAGCUGGACCCCACCAACAACGGCUCGUAUGAGUGUCGAGUCACCAAUAGUGCAGGGACAUCAACAUGUGCAUUUAAUGUCUCUGCACAACCCUACAAUGCUGAGUUUUACUUCGACACACCCAACCCAGUGCGAAUUCAAAAAGGAAACAACUAUUCCUACAACCUGCAGUGGACACAGAGAGAUCCUGAGGCCACGGAUCGUAUCAUAGGUUACUGGAUUAAUGUUCGAAAGAACAAGCAGAAUGUGCUCUCAAAGCAGAUAGACCUCAAGGGCAAGGAGCCAGAGAAGGGUGUGCUGCUGUCCCACACCAUAUCAGACCUGAGGAUCCCUCUGUCCUACGAGGUCCGACUGGCACCCAUCACCACCUACAGCACCGGGGAGUACGCCAGUCGCAUCAUACAGUACUCAGAGCCCUACACCUACCCAAGACCUUCAGACCAUGUGUGUGGUUUUGAGGAUCAGAGGAUCUGUGGUUUCUCUCAAGACCGGAGUGAUGUCUUCGACUGGACGAGACAAAAUCACCUAUCCCAGAAUCCCAAGCGAUCUGCCAAUACCGGACCCGAUACUGACCGCAGUGGAACCAAGGAAGGGUACUACAUGUACAUUGAAGCAUCACGGCCGCGCACUGAAGGGGACAAGGCUCGUCUGCUUUCUCCACUUUUUAAUGUGACCUCAGUCAGAGGCCCCAAGGGCUCCGGCAGAGUCCCAUACUGUGUUGCUUUCUACUACCACAUGAAGGGCAAGCAUAUUGGCUCCCUCAAUGUGCUUCUGAGAGUGAGAAGCAUUGCCUCUGUGGACUCGGUGGCCUGGUCGAAGUCUGGUCACCAGGGCCCGGACUGGAGGAGAGCAUUCUUUGACAUCAGCCCCAGUGGACCCUUUCAGAUUGUGUUCGAGGGAAUUCGAGGCCCGAGUUUCGAGGGGGAUAUUGCCAUUGACGACGUGUCUAUCACCAUCGGGAAGUGCAAGCAGGACACUGUAUCCAGCGCAGGUAAGACAGUUCUGAUUGGUGGAUCACGCUCACUCCCAUUGGCCAGGUGGCUGACCUUCGGCCUCUCCUGCUUCCUGUUGCUACUCUACAGAUGAUGAUCACUUCCUGCGACACCCCCUGUCUGUAGUGACAGACACUGCCCUGACUCACGCUCUUAUACUUCUCUCUCUACCCUUCUCCCUGUCCUUUCCUCCACAUACAUGAGUCUUUGUCUAGUUUCUCCUCCUCUGCUUUCUUUGAACCUUUCCCCCCAGACACUCAGUAUAACCAACUGUUGUGCAUACUGUAUUUAAGGUGAACAUACUAUAUUAUUAUGAUAUUUGACGGUUACAAUUCACCUUCUCUCCUUUGUCUCUCUAUUAAUCUGAUUAGAAUCACUUUAUCCAUGUCAUCCGUGUCACUUUGUCACCUUUACCUCUCCUUCAUCAACCCUUUUAUCAUCCAUACAUGCUCCCUUUCAUGUAUCUCCCCUCCCUCAAACCGCAAUCCUCAACGGCCCCUCUCACCCUAUUCCCCAGACACACCAAAGUGUCGGACACUCUACCAAAGAUGACAAAGGACCUGAGGGAAUAAAACGAAGGAACAGGAUUCCAGGAAGAAAGUGUAAGAGAGAGAAAAAGAGGGUAAAGCCUUCUUAUUCACAAGACUGUCUCCCAUCGAUCCCAAACUCUGGGACAUUGGGAGCUAACGAAUGAUAAAGGGACGGGCUAAGAGAAAGAAACUGAUGAUUGAAUGAAUACAUAAAUGAAUGCUGAGAAAAGGACAAGCCAGAAACAGAGGAAAUAGAAGUGUGCUCCUGGUAGCCUCUCUGCUUGCCCUCCGCUUGCCACAAGAGAUGAACCUCAGCGCGGAUUAUACGUGUACAUUUAUCUCUAUAUAUAUAUUAAAUAUAACAAAGUUUAAACUUAAACACAACUAGGACAGUGGAGGACUUUACAAAGUGAAAUUAAAGAAGCACAAUGUUUAUACAACCUCUGCUGUACCUUUGGGUUUUAUUCUACUUAUUAUGUGAUGUUGCAAUUUGUCAGACCUAUUCAAUGUUUUUGAUAUUUUGCUUUUUUUUGUUCUUUGGUUCAUGGCGUAACGAAGGGUCAAAGGGAAUGGGUAAUAACGUAUUAUAUUAAUAUUUAUGAGAAGAUGAUUCGUGAUCGAGGACCAGAAUUGAGCACGAGGAGGGAAAAGCAAGGAUGACCCAAGCCAACUGGAUUGGAAACCUCAACUUGUAUUGGCACGUACUGAACACACACAAAGACACACACAGACACUUUGUCCUUUCUGACAUCACAGCCAGGCCCUCAGCUCACCCUCUGCCUCAAAACAUGUCUCCUCUAUGGAUGAAACAAAAAGAAAACCACAGUUGAUAGAUGCAACCUUCACGUUUCUGCACCCUAACCAUGAACUUCGCAUCACUGGACAUCAUUACUGGUCAUGUCCGGAUUGAUGAGCCACAACUGAAAAGCUGGACAUGUUAUUUCUCAUGAAAUGGAAAACAAGGUGUCGUAGAAGAGGGCCACAAAGAGCUUAGAGUGAGUUCAGUUGAAUAUUUCUUUCUCCACAGGUAAUUGAAUGUUAUGUAUGAAUUUCCCGUGCAGUGAAAAAAACUGUCAGAUUGUUAGCAGCAAGGAUUGCAUAUCAGAUUUUCUGUUUUGUUUAAUUAAUGUCUGUAGUUCAAACUGUUUUUCAUAAUAACAUAGAUAUGAUGGUUAAAGUUAAGCAAUACUCAUAUCGAUAGAUCUGUAUACAAACCUUUAUGAUUGCAUUUGAGAUGACAGUUCAGAAGGGAAGGGGUUGUUUUCUAAAUACAAUUGUAGUCAUCAUUCAUAAAGUUCAAUAAAGAAGAUGUAGCUAUUGUAAUCAUAUUGAUAGUAUUUUUUCAAUGUACUCCAUUACGCUUGAACCUAUCUCAAGAAAGCUCCAAAUUCACAUGUUACGCUUUUGCAGUAAGUGAUCUACUUGUUAUGCUGAUCUUCUUCAUUACCAUGUACAUCACAUGUGAAUCAAUCAUGAACACCAUAUGUACUUUUGUCUAUGUUAUUUCAAAUUGAUUUGAUCACUUUUUUGGUUGCUUUUUCUUAAUUGUGGUUGUUACAAAUUGUAUUGUUGGCUUUACAAUCAUAAGUAGUGCAGAACAUACAUAAAUGACGUGCCUAAUAGAUUGUUCCACUUUGGUGUGAGUAGCAAUUUCUUUGUUAAGCUGGCACUGGUGGCUACUGUACAGUAUGAGUAUAACUGUAUCAAUGACUACUCAGUCACUCAAUGCUGCGUAAGGCAUGUUGGAUUAACCUGUGAAGCUCAGUGUCAGUGGUGUAUUAUAUGAACUUGGGAGCCCUCUGAAACCUGCAGACUCUCAAUAAUCCUGUACAUUAGCUCCAUCUCCAUUUAUUUUACAUCUCAUGGCAGGUUGCAAAUGAAUGUUACAACCACUUAAGUGAAUUUGAGUGACAUGCUUUCCUGUCAAUGUAGCUUUGUCAUGCUGCAAUCAUAUACUGUAAAGUUAUGCUGAAAAUAUUUUAAACCUUUUAAAAUAUUUGUUGUAUUUAAAUGAGCUUAAGUUUAACUUUUAGAAAUGUCAUGAAGCAUUAAUGUGCAUGGCAUUUUCAUUGUGCUUACUGUCAAAGUGUUCUUCAUAUUUCCUCAUAUUUCAAUGGCAGUGGUAACAGAGACUGAUUACUUCUGUCAUUUUUGCAUUUGGACAUGCGACAGCUGCAAAUUAACUGACAGAAUACUGUGGAAACCUCAGAUGUAUUGUCUGAAACAUUGUUAUAUUUUCAAAAUGAAAAGAAACACACUUUGAGGGGACAACUUUAAGCUCAAGUUCAAAGUGAAAGAAGACAUUUAUUCAUUUCACCUACCUGAGAUCACAAUAUCAAGGCAUGACAUACAGAUGUGCAGAUAAUCUAACCAAUAUGUUAUUAUCAUAAUGUUGCCUGGUGAAGCAACACAUUGUCACUUUACCAAUGGUUUAUGUCAAGUUGGGAAACUAACUGUUACCUGUGUUCAUCUACUCCGAUAUAAUGUUUUUUUUUGCACAAAUGAAUCAUCAAAAUGCUUCUAUUCUGGCAAACUACAGUCCACUCUGAGGCAUCAUAAGCACUGCGUAUUUCCCAGGUGAUGACUACCCAAAGGGAAGUUUAAAGAUAAUCAAGCAAUCAUCCUUUUUUGGGUUUUGAUAUCAAGCAUUUAAAUGCUUUUGAAAUUGCCAUUACAUAAUAUUUAGAGUGUAAGCACACCUGUAGCAACACUAACAUGUGCCCAUAUGGUAUCUAGGAUACAUACAAUGUGAGGCUUUCAUAUAUCUAAAAUCAUCGCAUAUAGUUCAAUUGACAUUAUUAUUUCAGUACAAGAUAAUCAUGUGCUUCAUUUGUUUCAAAAAAACAUCCGUCAAUAAAAUAAAAAUGAACAGCAAAGAAAAGCUUCUGUCAAUAAUAAUAUUAUCUGUCCGGGGGUCAAAUGCUUUGGUAGCAAACAAACAUCUUAAACAUGCGGAUCGUCAUACAGUACAGUGCUGAAACUAAGAGCAAUGAGAUGUGUAGCACAGCUGUUAGUUAGCAUACAACAGACAUGUAAUACAUCUGUAUUGGAGAAGAGGUUCAAGGUAUCAAAACAUAUCUGUGUUACCAUAUUGAAUCCAAGUCAACUUCACAAAAAUAUUUUCCUGUGGCUUUUAACCAGCAUACAUAGUGUGAUGGAACAACGCUGUAUGAUUGCUGGUUAGGUUGAAAGCACCUACAGAUUGUACAUGAUUUUACUUCUAGUUUGUAAUUGUUUUAUAAAAUCAGACCAAAGACAAGACAACUAGCUAAAAGUGUACCACAUCAAUUAGUGCUGGAAAUUAACAAAUUCAUUUGUCUCUUUUCUGGUAGAUAACACAAUGCAUCUACUUAAAAUCUCAAGAGAAGUAUUUUCCAAAAUGUAACAUCUAAAGGGUAUUUAUAUUCCUUAUUUUCUUAUAAAGAAUACACUUGUUUGAGUCAUUUACAUUAGAGCAACUUUUCCACUUCCUGUACAUGCUCAUCAUCUGUUUACUGAGCCCCAGUAGAGUUACACUUGUACGACAAACUGACUGUUAAUUAUCCACUUACUGUUUACCAUCUGUACUAUCUUGAACUGAUUGGAGUUGACGUCCAAGAGACUGUACGGACCUACUCAGCCUCUAUUCCCUCCUUGACUGCAAAAGCUGCCAAAACAGAGAGGAACAGUUUGGCAAUAGAACCACAUUUCCUUCUGGCAACACAAAUAGAUAAAGGUUCAAUAGUGAUUUUUCUGGUUUGUGGGAAAUAAGAUAAUGUGAAACAAUCAGUGUCUGAGUGCUGGCAACAGUCCUGGCUUCCCUGUUAUGUUACGUAAUCUCAUGAGUGUUUUGCGACCCUGUUUUACAGACUGCAAUGACCUUUUUCACAAAACGCUGCGUGUGACCCUUGCCCUGUCUUCCCAAAAACAGGUGAAAAGCAAAACAUUUCAAAAUAUUUGUUGGAUUGAUAUUGUUUUGUAAACUUCUCCUUCUGAUCAAAUUAUGGGACAAAAAAAGUAACUGACUUCUAUUUUUUUGACACAUGACAGUGUGGUAUUUCAACAAGCAGCUUCAAAAUGAUGAGCCUUAAUACCUUAUAUUACUUGUUUAGGCCUUAUCUGACUAUUGUAAUUCACUGUGACAAGCAUUGUCUUCGCAUUAAGUACGUUUUGGGAAUCAGUGCAUGGGUCACAGUAGUUGUCCACAUGCUGAGUGUCAGGUCGACAGCAUAGCCUUCAUCGGUCUGUGUUUCAAUCCAUUUUUGGAACAGAAGAUUUGAAAUGCACCUUUAAUGUGUAAAAAAGGGAGAGGGGUAUCAAACAGUGCUGGGUGUUGUAUAUUGCUGUCAUGUACUAAAGUAUUUUGGAGGAAAGUAUAUUUGAAAUAUGAUUCUGAAAGGUAUAAAUAAACGUCAA